CAGAGCGCGGGUGACUCAGGGCGCAGGCCGGGAGCCGGGAUCCUGCCCGCCGCCGCCGCCGCGCUCAGCCUUUGUUCCCCGCAGGAAGGGCGAGCGCCGCGGCCAGCGCUCUGCGUCCCCUCGUCCCCCGCGGAGCUCGGCCGCUCUGCUCGGCUCGCCGCGCGCCUUCGGGGGCUCCACGGACCCGUGAGAUGGAGCCAAGAAGGUACGGGCGGUGCUGGCGCCUGCUGUGGCUGCUCUCGGUCUCCACGCUCCUCCUCGCUGUCACCCGGACCCGCGCCGCGGCAGAGUCAGCUGCCCAGGGCCACCUGGACCUCACAGAGCUCAUUGGUGUCCCGCUGCCUUCAUCUGUGUCCUUUGUCACGGGCUAUGGUGGCUUUCCGGCCUACAGCUUCGGUCCUGGUGCCAACGUCGGCCGCCCAGCCAGGACCCUCAUCCCACCCACAUUUUUCAGGGACUUCGCCAUCAGCGUCACAGUAAAGCCCAGCAGCACUCGGGGCGGUGCGCUCUUUGCCAUUACUGAUGCCUUCCAGAAGGUCAUCUACCUGGGCCUGCGAUUGUCGGGCGUGGAGGAUGGCCACCAGCAUGUCAUCCUCUACUACACGGAGCCUGGCUCCCGCGUGUCCCACGAGGCUGCUGCCUUCUCGGUGCCCGUGAUGACCCACAAGUGGAACCGCUUUGCCGUGAUUGUCCAGGGCGAGGAAGUGACGCUCCUCGUGGACUGCGAGGAGCACAGCCACAUCCGCUUCCAGCGGUCCUCCCGGGCUUUGGCUUUUGAGCCCAGUGCAGGAAUCUUCGUGGGCAGCGCAGGAGCCACGGGGCUGGAGAGAUUCACUGGCUCCAUACAGCAGCUCACCAUCUUCCCUGACCCCAGGACUCCUGAGGAGCUGUGUGAAGCCGAUGAGUCCUCGGCAUCAGGAGAGGCCAGUGGGCUUCAGGAGACAGACAGAGUAGCUGAGAUCUUAGAAGCUGUCACCUACACUCAAGCCCCGCCUGAAGAACCAAAAGUUACACCCAUAAACACACCUCCCACUUCAUCCUCUCCUUCUGAAGACACGGAGCUGUCUGGUGAACCUGUACCUGAGGGGACCUCAGAAACCACCAACUUCAGCAUCGUCCAGCACAGCAGCCCUGAGCAAGGGUCCGGUGAGGUCCUGAAUGACACGCUGGAGGGGAUUCCUACUGUGGAUGGUGCCCCCGUUACUGACCUUGGCUCAGGUGAUGGGGCCCUCCUUGAUGUCACUGAAGAAAUGGGUUUAGCAGGAACAGCAGCAGAGGCAGCCGAGGGGCCCACCAGUGCUGCCAGGGAAGCAGAGGCUGGCAGUGUGCCCACUGGGGAGCCAACGCUGUCCAUGUCCACUCAGAGCCCCGGGGAGGACGUCACUCCAGGUCCAGAUGAUGAGGAAGGUUUAGCAGCGACAGCAGCAGGGGAGGCCGAGGUGCCGGUCAGCACUGCCGGGGAAGCAGAGGCCAGGAGUGUGCCCACCGGGGCGCCGGCCUUCUCCAUGUCCACCCAGAGCCUGGGGGAAGUGGCCACUCCGGGUCCAAACGGUGAAGAAAGCUUUACAAUAGCUGCAGCCACAACAGAAAUGCUCCUCAGCACUUUCGAGGAAGAGGAGGCCAGCGGGGUCCCCACGGAUGGCAUGGCUCCCCUCACAGCCACAGCAGCCCCCGGGCAAUUGGUCACUUCUGUACCUGGUGAUGAAGACUUGCCAGCGGCCACAGCAGAGGAGCCCCUUACCUCAACUAGAGGAGAAGAGUCCCAUGACACUCCACCUGACGGGCCGCCGCUCCCCAUACCCACGGUGGCCCCUGAGACAGGGGUCACUCUGGGUGAUGUGGGGGAGGGGCUUCCUGCCCCCCCUGGACCUUCUGAGCCUGCCAGACCCACGGUGGAAGUGGAGGCUGAGGGCUCCGGCCUGGGCUGGGGCUCAGACAUCAGCUCUGGCUCCGGGGACCUGGUGGGCAGUGAGGAGCUGUUAAGAGGUCCCCCAGGUCCCCCGGGCCCACCUGGCUUGCCUGGGAUUCCAGGAAAGCCAGGAACUGAUGUUUUCAUGGGACCCCCUGGAUCUCCUGGAGAGGAUGGAGCUGCCGGUGAACCUGGGCCCCCGGGCCCUGAAGGACAGCCUGGACUUGAUGGAGCCUCCGGACUUCCCGGGAUGAAAGGGGAGAAGGGAGCAAGAGGGCCUAAUGGCUCAGUUGGUGAAAAGGGUGACCCUGGUAGCAGAGGCUUACCAGGGCCCCAGGGGAAAAACGGACAAGUUGGCACUCCUGGGGUCAUGGGACCCCCAGGGCCUCCUGGACCCCCUGGACCCCCUGGCCCUGGAUGUGCAACGGGACUUGGAUUUGAGGAUACCGAAGGCUCUGGAAGUAUCGGGCUGCUGAGUGAACCCAGAAUCUCGGGACCAACGGUUUUGAGUGGUCCCAAAGGAGAAAAAGGAGACCAGGGACCCAAGGGCGACAGGGGGAUGGAUGGAGCCAUCAUCGUGGGACCCCCUGGGCCCAGGGGGCCACCUGGGCGCAUUGAGGUCUUGUCUAGUGCUUUGAUCAAUAUUACCCGUGGAUCCAUGAAUUUCUCAGACAUUCCUGAGCUCAUGGGGCCUCCGGGGCCCGAUGGUGUGCCUGGGCUGCCAGGAUUUCCAGGCCCAAGAGGACCCAAAGGGGACACUGGUUUGCCUGGAUUUCCAGGACUAAAAGGAGAUCAGGGUGAAAAGGGAGAGCCAGGUGCAGUCCUCACAGGGGACAUUCCUCUGGAAAGGCUGAAGGGGAAAAAGGGUGAACCUGGAGCACAUGGAACCCCAGGACCCAUGGGGCCCAAAGGCCCACCAGGACACAAAGGAGAAUUUGGCCUCCCCGGACGACCUGGCCGCCCAGGACUGAAUGGCCUCAAAGGUGCCAAAGGAGAUCGAGGGAUUAUGAUGCCGGGCCCACCUGGCUUACCUGGUCCUCCAGGCCCCCCUGGAUCACCUGGAGCUGUAAUUAACAUCAAAGGAGCUGUUUUCCCAGUACCCGCCCGGCCACACUGCAAAAUGCCAGUUGAUGCCACUCACCCUGGGAGCCCAGAACUCAUCACCUUUCAUGGUGUUAAAGGAGAGAAAGGAUCCUGGGGUCUUCCUGGCUCAAAAGGAGAAAAAGGGGACCAAGGAGCCCAGGGACCACCAGGUCCUCCAGUUGAUCCAACUUAUCUGAGACAUUUUCUGAACAGCCUGAAGCAAGAGAAUGGACACAGGGGGUUUCAAGGAGAAAAAGGCGACACUAAUGGCAACUUCUUUGUGUCUGGGCCUCCAGGCCCCCCAGGAAAUCCAGGCUUGGCUGGCCACAAAGGAGAGACUGUCAUUGGGCCCCAAGGACCCCCAGGUGCCCCUGGCCUGCCUGGGCCACCUGGCUUUGGAAGACCUGGUGUCCCUGGGCCUCCAGGACCCCCGGGGCCACCAGGACCUCCAGCUAUCCUGGGAGCAGCUGUGGCCCUUCCAGGCCCACCUGGCCCUCCAGGACAGCCAGGACUUCCGGGAUCCAGAAACUUGGUCACAGCAUUCAGCAACAUGAAUGACAUGCUGCAGAAAGCACAUUUGGUUGUUGAAGGAACAUUUAUCUACCUGAGGGACAGCACAGAGUUUUUCAUUCGCGUCAGAGACGGUUGGAAAAAAUUACAGCUGGGAGAACUGAUCCCCGUUCCUGCUGACAGUCCUCCGCCCCCUGCGCUUUCCAGCACCCUACAUCAACUUCAGCCUCCACUUAACCGUAUUUUAAGUGCCAAUUAUGAGAAGCCUGCUCUUCACUUGGUUGCUCUGAACAUGCCAUUUUCUGGGGACAUUCGAGCUGAUUUUCAGUGCUUCCAGCAGGCCAGGGCUGCAGGGCUGUUGUCCACCUACCGAGCAUUCUUAUCCUCCCAUUUGCAAGAUCUCUCCACAGUUGUGAGGAAGGCAGAGAGAUACAGCCUUCCAAUAGUGAACCUCGAGGGCCAAGAACUUUUUAAUAAUUGGGACUCCAUCUUUUCUGGCAACGGAGGAGAGUUCAAUACGCAGGUUCCAAUUUACUCCUUUGAUGGCCGAGACGUAAUGACAGAUCCUUCUUGGCCCCAGAAGGUUGUUUGGCAUGGCUCCAGCACCCAUGGCGUUCGUCUUGUGGAUAAGUACUGUGAAGCGUGGCGAACUGCGGACAUGCAGGCCACGGGAUUCGCCUCCCCGCUGAGCACGGGGAAGAUGCUGGACCAGAAAGCAUACAGCUGUGCUAAUAGGCUAAUUGUUCUGUGUAUCGAAAACAGUUUCAUGACAGACGCUAGGAAGUAAUGAUCUUCUGAUGAUUCUUAAAGAGUUUUCCAGUUUUUCUUAUGUGAAGAGUUGACACUGAAAUCUAAAAUGUUUAAAUGUUGUAAAUAUUACAGUUUUUUAUUACACGUUCGUUAUGACAGCAACCAAAGAAAACAUACCUCAAUACACUCAAAACUGAAAACAUAAAGGACUCAGAUCAAAGACAAAAUCUGAUCCAUAUAUUGGUGCUAGACUCUGCGGGAAACCCCAUGCAGUGUGAACACAUCCCAACACAGGUUAAGGGCAAGUUGAAAACAAAGGCUGUGGCAUUCCACUCACUGCAUCCUUCAGAAAGUAAUUUCCUCCUUUUAAGCAUUGUUUUUGAGUGUAAGACGUCCUUGAUGUUUUCUUAUAAAGUCAGUGUUUAGAAACGUUACCCCUUUCUAAGUUAUGUGCAGACCGAAUGCUUCAUUCUGUCACAUACACCCAUCAUUUGCAACUGCUGUUCAUACAAGGAAACAGAACUGCUCAAAUGAUCCUAUUUGUAUUUUCUGAUAUUGCCAGGCUUUAAUGUUUUUUCCCCCUAAAAUAUUAUUGUCAUCAUGCUUUAGGAUUUUUAUAUUUUGACACAAUCAUAUUUUAGUGUGGCAUCUGUUUAUGUAGCUCUGACUUGCUGGAAAAGUUGAAACUCCAAAUUAUCUGAAACUAGAAAAAAAAAUAGCACGUAAUUGCUACCUUUCCCUUGGCAGCCCUCCUCCCCACCCCCAACCCCCAUAGUAUGACUUCCGUUUGGCAGUUCUUGAGUUAUAACUGCAGCUGAAACAAACAGGUCCAGAGGGAUGAGUUUUCUGAGAACCAUAUAUCUUCAUGCUGUAUACUUUGAUUUUUUUUUCA